AUUGCUAGUCAUCAAUAACAGCCGGACUCCUCAAAGUGUCGAGGAGCCGUUCUUGGCUAUACCAUUGGUGAUUGCGCGCCUUCAAAAUCGUGCGAGGUCCAUUAGAUAAUAAUAGAUUCAGAACACGGUCACACUGUGAAGAACACAUUGGUGUUCUGCAGACUCUUAGCCCGCCGGUCCCCACACAUGCCAGUUUGGUCCUUGUUGGAAUUAUCGGAGGAGUCGCCCUUGGAGUUUUCCUCCUUUUGCUAUUGGCCAUCCGCACAUGCAAACCCAAAGCAGGCCCCGCAUCCGACGGGACCUCUGAAACUGACCCUCUCCUGAAUCAACUGCAAACUGAUCUUCAGAGGGAUCAUACUCCCAUGUCAAACAAAGACACAUUACUCUGUUCCAUCUGUGCAAAUUUGGACUUUUACAAGAUUUUCCUUGAUGGCAUCCCAGAGACAGAGGAGAUCCCGCUCGAUACACUCUCGUCCAUCUUAAAGAAGUCCUACCAAUGCAGUUUCUGCCGCCUCAUAGCCUUUCAUGUUCGUCGAACAUGGAUGUUGGACAACUUUCCUCACUUCGAUCUCUCACGUAUUGAAUGUCGGAUCUUGUCACAAAAUUGUGGUCAUCUUCGGGGUUAUCCCCUACCAAAAUUCCGCUGCUAUCGCCUCCACAUCAAUAUGGAGGGCUUACAAUACCUUUGGGAGAGAUAUCCGGCUUCCAGAGCAGUGGCAGGUUCGCUACGGAUCCACCUUAUGCAAGAAGAUGCUUUCAAGUUUGGGAGACCUAUUGAUGUUCAUGGUCGCAGGUUGAAGGAUGUCGUGGAUAUAAAUCUGGUGAAGAACUGGAUUAAUAUUUGUCAGGAGAAUCACGGUGAUGACUGUAGAAGUGCCCGGAGCAUGGACGACGUCGACAGGAAGCUACCAGAGUUUGUGAGAGUGGUAGACGUAGUAUCGAUGUCCGUGAUUCCUGCUCCUUCUCGCUGUCGCUAUGUCGCCCUCAGUUACGUAUGGGGAGAUAUCGGCGCAGAAUAUUGGACGGCGAAGGACAACGUAGUGGAGCGCUCCAAGCCUGGCGGUUUGAACGCGGCACACCUCCCCGAAACCAUCACUGACUCGAUUCUAUUCGUUCGACAACUUGGUGAACGUUACAUAUGGAUCGACGCUCUAUGCAUCAUCCAAGAUGAUUCCCAGGACAAAUUCGCUCAAAUACAAAUCAUGGAUUUGGUCUAUGGCUUGUCUUACCUCACGAUAGUCACUGCUAGCGGCAAGACUAGGACGGCUCGGGACCCUCUCCCAGGGUGCCGCCCACGAACUAGAACAUCACAACAGCAUAUAGAGGUCGUUCAAGGACUUCAUCUCUAUGUGGGUCCUCCAAGACUUAGGGAGGCUCUCGCUAUGUCCGCAUGGAAUACACGUUGUUGGACCUAUCAAGAGUCCGUGCUCUCCCACCGAAGGAUAUACUUCACUGGGCAGCAAGUCUACUUUGAAUGUCGACGUGAUGUCUUCUGCGAAGACAUCAUCGCGGAAAACCAACGCUUCAUCGUUGGCGGCUUUCUUCAGUCUUCAGGUGAUGGUGUCCUCCAUAGCCACUCCUUUGCGAAUUACUUGUUUGCCGUCAAGGAGUGUACACGACGUAAUCUCACGGUGGAAUCAGACGUUGUUGAUGCUAUCACUGGAGUGACGAAUGCUUUGGCGAUAGCCUUUGGGCUCGGUGAUCCCACCAGAGUCUUUCAAUAUGGAAUGAUGUUGACGGACCUGCAUCACACGCUUCUCUGGCAACACGAUCCACACACACCUCGUUCACGCCGUUCACUUCCUGACAGAGACAGUUCACCCCGGCCUUCUUGGGCAUGGGCUACGUGGCGUGGAGCUAUCGAUUAUUUGACGAUCUUUCGAUACGAGGGGAUCACCAUGAAUACUAGCCCCCCAGAAGUGGUCGAAACAUUUGUUGAUCCUUGGUACAUCGUAGACCAUAGUGGCGACAUAGUGCAGUUUGAUGUUCCCCGAAAGCACCAAGUCAUUUACCCUAGGAUGCCCAAGACCUCAUAUUCUCCUCCACAUGGUGUCUUGGACACGACGGAGCUGACACUAAACAUACAUCGACCGCUAGAACCAAGCACCCUCAUAUUUCGCACGACUUCCAGCCACUUUGGUAUUGCACGACGAGCUCGACUUAGCGAAGAAUCAAGUACCGCACCUAUCCAUCACGGUCUCUUCGAUAUCCUCUCCACCACUUCUUCCCCCACCGUAUCUUCCACUUCUGCAUCUUCCCCUCCCGAGGCUUGGGUUGGCACUGCCGUCCUGCCAUUGGACCACGCCCUGCCUACUUCUCUCGAGUUCAUUGUUCUUUCCCGUACCGAUAUACGCGGUGUGUAUGAUGAAGAGAGUUUUCCUUUUUACCUUGAAUGCUCACUACAUGUGAUGGCAAUUAGUAGUCAAAAUGAGGGUUUGAUGGAACGUGUUGGGUUGGGCAUCAUUCAUGAAGCCGCCUGGAUUGCUUCAAAUGCGAAAGAGAAGGUUGUAUUUCUUCGAUAGUGGGAGGCGGUUGUUGGCUCUUAUUAUCUACUGUACACUUACGACCUUAGCUUCAAGGACAUGUAUGAUUGUUAGGAUACAGGCAGUUUACCUAUAGUAGUUUGUCGAUAUGAGAAUAGCCAUUCUGGGAGGUCAAUGAGCAUAAUGGGCAACUCAUGUUCGAG